GCAGCCAAUGUAACCAGAGUUAUUAACUCUGAUGUACAAGCUGGAGUUAUGUGCUCAAAUUUCUUAGUUAAUGUAACAACACGAGCUACUGCAUUCUGUACGGACUGUAACCUAUUGACAAGAAACUUAGACGCAACGUUCAGUGCCUAUGAGCCGUAUGAGACAACAGUAAAGAGAAAAAAUACCCAUAAGUAUAUAUCUGUGGAAAGUACUGAAAAAGUCGACACGUUUUACCAUUACACCGACGACAAAGGCGCUGAAGGGAUAACAAGGGAUAAAACAAUAAGACCAUCUACCGACCCAAGAGACAUGAUGAUCGGAAAAGGGGUCUACUUGACAAAGAAGAAUCCUGAUAAGCAUAGCAAAGAAGAAAUAUUACAAAACAACUAUGAUAGCGCUCUUCUUUCCACAAACCCCGAUAGAGUAAAGAAUUUUGUUAAAAUCGAUUUGCCUACUAGUAAAGUAGACAAAGCACCUGGCUCCCGUGAUGUCUACAAAUACAAGGGUGAGGAUGGUCUCGACCUCAGAAACUAUUGCCACGAGAUCAUUAAACGGGACUAAGAUCGGCCCAGUCGUCGACUUGCAUUUGCCGCGUCAAAUCGUUUUGCCUAUGAGGUUGAGCGCCGUUUUUCUUGAAACUAGUAGAAGGUUUAUACCAAACAUAACACAUGCCGUCUUCUGGCGCUAAGCAAAAGAACCGAUGUCUUAUGUCGCAAGACCAAACAAAUGCGGCUUAUUCACCUAUUGGGCACUCUUAGACCCAACGGGAUUAAUGAACGCUUUGCUUUUACCUAACCCACUCUUUUGUCUUUUGAUUGUUUCUUUCGUUUCCUUGCCCACCUUGUUU